AUGAAGCUCCGCAGCAAGGCGGCGGCGCUGCUCCUGCUCGCGCUGGCCGCGCUGCUGCUCGCGCUGCUGUCCUUGCGCGCCGGCCGCGCCGAGCCCCCCGCGCCGCCCGCGCGCCCCGCGAGGCCUGGAGAACUCAGGAGUUUUCAGGACGUGCUGCCUCCGGAGCUCUGGAUCCACUUGGCCGUGGUGGCCUGUGGCAAUCGGCUGGAGGAGACCCUGGUCAUGCUCAAAUCUGCCAUACUCUUUAGCCACAGGAAGAUUCAAUUCCACAUCUUCACGGAAGACUCUCUGAAGCCUGAGUUUGAUAAGCAGUUACGACAGUGGCCUGACUCAUAUACAAAGAAGUUUGAGCACAGAAUCUACCCCAUCACGUUUUCGGUUGGAAACCCUCAGGAAUGGAAGAAAUUAUUCAAACCCUGUGCUGCUCAGAGACUCUUUCUUCCGGUGAUUUUAAAGGAUGUGGAUUCACUUCUCUACGUGGACACCGACGUUCUCUUUCUGAGACCCGUUGAUGACAUCUGGAAGCUUCUGAGGCAUUUUAAUGCCACGCAGCUUGCCGCCAUGGCCCCUGAGCAUGAAAUCCCCAAGAUUGGCUGGUACAGCCGCUUUGCUCGGCACCCUUUCUAUGGCUCUGCGGGAGUUAAUUCAGGAGUCAUGCUGAUGAAUUUAACUCGCAUAAGAAGUGCCCAGUUUAAGAACAGCAUAAUUCCAACAGGCUUGGCUUGGGAGGACAUGUUGUACCCUCUGUACCAGAAGUACAAGAAUGCCAUCACGUGGGGAGACCAGGAUUUAUUAAAUAUUAUUUUUUAUUUCAAUCCAGAGUGUCUCUAUGUGUUCCCCUGCCAGUGGAACUACCGUCCCGAUCACUGCAUGUACGGAAGCAACUGCAAAGAAGCUGAGCGGGAAGGCGUGUCUGUCCUGCACGGGAACCGAGGUGUCUACCAUGACGAUAAGCAACCCACUUUCAAAGCACUCUAUGAAGCAAUACGGGAUUUUCCCUUUCAAGAUAAUCUCUUUCAAUCCAUGUAUUACCCGCUCCAGCUGAAGUUUUUGGAGACUGUGCACACUUUAUGUGGACGAAUCCCACAAGUGUUUUUGAAGCAAAUUGAGAAAACAAUGAAAAGGGCUUAUGAGAAACACGUCAUCAUCCAAGUGGGCCCCAACCAGAUGCACUGAAUAUUUUUCAUAUUGUCACAAGUGGAUUCAGCCUCUCGAGAACAAGGCAACGUUCAUCUUUAAGCUGCCUGGAUCUCUUCGUGUGAAUAUUUAAUGGUGCUCUGUGACAGUUGCGUUUAAAAGGCCUCAUUACAGUUUCCUCAAUUAUUUGCCCCUAAAAGGAAAUAUGCUUUAAUUUUUUUAAAAUUGCUAUUUAUCUCUCUGUUUUUUUUUUAAAUUGUAUUAUUACUCACUUAACAUUGUUCAAACAGGUGGAGCUAGCUGUGAAAAGGAACUUUUGUGAGUCUUCCAAUUCCUGUUAAAUGUCUGAGACCACGUCAGUGACAUCUCAUGUGGUGUAUUAAUCUAAUAUUCUUGUGACUCUCUCUAUGCAAUGGACUCCCCCAUAUCCUUGUUAUAAAAGUAAUACAUGCUUGUUGUAAAACAGAAAAAUGUUAAAAACUUGUAGGGAAUACAGAUCCGUGGACCAAAAUCAAAAUUAGAUUAGCCAUAAUCCUACCAACCGGUGAAAAGAUUGUUAUUUUAAUGGGUGGAUGCUCCCAGCCUUUUCUCCCUAUUUCUAUAUUUAUUUGCUUGUUGUCUUUUCCAUUGUAACACAUAUGCAAAACAGGCAGUUUGAGUAAAAGCUGGCCCCUAUGCUGAGAUAUUUCUGUAGAGACAAAAAUUUAGAGAGAAUGAUUAUGUUUACAGUGCUUUAUUUAAAAUACAUCUGGCAGAAGUAUUCAGAUUUCUGCUGAUUGGGCAGUGUUAAAGGAUGGAGCAUAUCUGGGGGUGUUUUUAAAGAAAAGCUGUUUAGAUUAGUGGAAGAUUAAAUAAUAAGAAAUAUUUAUGCAACCAUACCUUCUGAAAGGAAAUUCAAUAAUUGUGUUAAACCCAAGGGGUCACUUUAACAGAGAUGUGAUUUUGUGUUUACCCACAGACAAAAACAUUUUAUCUCUUACCUUAGUAGGGGUGACCUUCUCUCUUCUUUAAACUCUUGGGCAACAGGUGGAAAUUAAAGGCCAACUUCAAACUUACGUGUACAGAAUAGAUAGUUCAGCUGAUUCCAUUGACAAGAAAAUUCAACUUCCUACCAGCCUUAGAAGGGUCUCUUUAAAUUUUAUUUCCUUCUCUAGGGUUACCCAGCUGUUAGCCAAGGAACCAGGCAGGUCUUAUCACCUAGCUACAGUGGAGGAAAUUCUAUAGUCCCCCAAGGGAUCUGACUUAAUCCCUGGUUGCUCCUGUAGCUGGUAUCAGGGUAAGAGUAUUUUGCAUAAGGCUUUAUUUACCUCAAAAAACUUGUGCAGAAAUGAUAUUGAUGUUCACAACAGCCUAAUGGACUUAGUAGGGGCCUGUAUCAUCUCCACUGGGCAAAUAAGGAAAUUAUAAUACAAAGAAACAAGGACACCCGAUAUAAUUGCUGUUCUGUAACACAUACAGGUAUGGUAAGAUGCAUCCUGUUUUACAGACAAAUUUUUGGAAGUAAAAGUAUUAAAAACGUUUCAUCAUAUAUAGACAGUGAUCUAAAAGCAUAAAAAGAAAAAUAAUAUUUUGAUAACGCAAAUAUGGUAUUCUAUAUAUUGGAGCCCAGUUGGAUAUCACAGGUACUAUAUCCACAGGAAAAGUCUUACCCUGAAAAAACAUAUGAAAAUCUCAACACUCCAAAGAAAUAUAUAGAUAUUAAUCAAUACUGGUAUACAGAACCCUUAUGGUAGUAACAAAUUCUCAAAUGUUAGAGGAAUGGCCUAUACGUUCCUUUUGAUCAGUUGGGCGGCCUGUGAUUUGUUAUUUUUGUGAAGGAAAUUACCAUUAUGAUAUGUUAUAUUGUUAUAUUUUCUGUUUCCUCAUUUCACCAUUAAAGGUGAUAUCAUUUAUUAUUUUA